AUGGCGAGGCGGUACAGUGACUCGAAUCCUGAGGAAGAUCGCUCCAAGAGGCAUGCGUCGCCUGAACCAAGGCUUACAAGCAGUGAAGCGGCUGACGAGUAUUCACCUCUGAUUCGAAAGAAGUCAGCUAGUGACCAGGCACCGAAUGGCACGGAGGAUAUCGAUGUCGGUGACAUUCUGCCUGAGGAUGAGACCUCCACGCGGAUGCUGAUCUUGCAUGAGUUCUGGGUCUUGUUUCGUGGAAGCAUCCCUGUGAUCAUGGCAUAUACUUUGCAGAACUCAUUGCAGACAGUAUCGAUCCUCAUUGUUGGUCGAGCGUCGCCACAAGACCUAUCAACGGCCGCCUUCUCUUACAUGUUUGCUAUGUGCUCAGGGUGGUUGAUUGGUAUGGGUGGUAGUACCGCCCUCGAUACUUUGGCAUCGUCGACAUUUACUGGCUCCAAGAACAAGCACGAUUUGGGUAUUCUUCUACAGCGAUCUUUUCUUGUCCUUGGCUUGUUCUACGUUCCUGUCGCUGUGUUAUGGACUGUUUCGGAACACCUGUUCCGACUGCUCGGUCAACCUGAACAGCUCUGCAAGGACAGUGCUAAAUUCCUGACUUGUUUGAUCCCUGGUGGGCUUGGGUACAUCGCCUUCGAAACCAUGAAGAAAUAUCUGCAGGCACAAGAGAUUAUGAGACCUGGUACCUACGUGCUCUUGAUUACUUCGCCUAUCAGUGCAGCUCUCAACUAUCUCUUUGUCUAUACCCUUGGUUGGGGAGUUUUCGCUGCUCCAUUCGCGACCGGUAUAGGCUACUGGCUUUCGUUCUUGGGUCUUGUUUUGUAUGCCAGAUUCGUUGCUGGCGGCGAGUGCUGGGGCGGUUUCAGCAGGCGAGCUUUACAGAAUCUGGGUACUUUUGCAAAGCUAGCAGCCUUGGGCGUCGUUCACGUGGGCACGGAGUGGUGGGCCUUCGAGAUUGUUGCACUAGCUGCUGGACGCCUUGGUGAAGUCGAUCUUGCGUCGCAAAGUGUGAUCAUGACUGCCGACCAGGUUUUAAACACUAUUCCCUUUGGCAUUGGGGUGGCAGCAAGCGCUAGAGUGGGGAAUAUGCUUGGUCUUCGCAACGGUAAGGGUGCCGCGCGAUCUGCUAAUACUGCGGCUUGGCUGAGUAUGCUCAUGGGGGGUGUUGUCCUCGCCAUCCUGUUGGCCACAAAGAAUGUGUUCGCUAAAAUCUUCAAUGAUGACGAGGCUGUGGUCAAGCUUACUGCUGAAGUUUUGCCAUACGUCGCGCUGUUCCAGGUUGCGGAUGGCUUGAAUGGUUCUUGUGGUGGGUCAUUACGUGGUAUGGGGAGGCAGCAUAUAGCCUUCCACGGCUGGCGACUCGCAGGCCUCUGGCUUGGUCAGUGUAUCGCUCUCUACCUAGUGGGCUUCUUAGAAUGGGCAAUUGUUGCAUUCAGCAAUUGGGAUCACCAGAUCAAAAGGGCAUUUGACAGGAUGGAUAACGAUGAGCUCGUAGAGACUGGGAACGCUUCGUCCACAACGUAG